GCACACCGUCCGCACCCACCCCCACCCCACCCACCAUUGGAGGAGCGCUCCUCCUUCUUCUUCCUCUCCCCAGCGAGGCUUGAGGCCGAGGGCAUUUCGGCGCGGAGACCGCUUCCACCCGCCCACGCCCGCAACCCUCUCGCCCUGCUUCCCUGCGCUCCCCUCCAUUUGUCCACGCCCCAAUCUUAACCUCCUCCCCGCACACACCCCCCUGCUUCCCUCUCUCUCUUCUUGCUCCCAAUCUUCCCGCUCCUCCUCCUCCUCCUUCUUCUUCUUCUUCUUCUUCUUCGUCCGACCCAGAGAGAGAUAGAGAGAGGGGGACAAAGGGAAGGAGGGCGUCGUCGGGCGGUGCGCCUUAGCGAGGAGGAGGACUAAGACAGCGGGGGAGAGAGGAUGAGCGCGUCCAGGUUCAUAAAGUGCGUCACCGUGGGGGACGGCGCCGUCGGCAAGACCUGCAUGCUCAUCUCCUACACCUCCAACACCUUCCCCACCGACUAUGUUCCGACUGUGUUUGACAACUUCAGUGCUAAUGUUGUGGUUGACGGCAACACUGUCAACCUCGGGCUAUGGGACACUGCAGGUCAGGAGGAUUACAACAGACUGAGACCGCUGAGUUAUCGUGGAGCUGAUGUGUUCCUUCUGGCCUUCUCCCUUAUCAGCAAGGCCAGCUAUGAGAAUGUUUCAAAGAAGUGGAUACCUGAACUGAAGCAUUAUGCACCAGGUGUGCCUAUUAUUCUUGUGGGAACAAAGCUUGAUCUUCGAGAUGACAAGCAGUUCUUUGUGGACCAUCCUGGGGCUGUUCCUAUCACUACUGCUCAGGGAGAGGAACUAAGAAAGCUAAUAGCCGCCCCAUACUACAUCGAAUGCAGCUCCAAGACCCAACUAAACGUGAAGGGUGUAUUUGACGCGGCAAUAAAGGUGGUGCUGCAGCCACCAAAGGCAAAGAAGAAGAAAAAGGCGCAGAGGGGGGCCUGCUCCAUCUUGUGAUCUAAUCAUCGGUAGACAAAGAACAAAGGGCGAAAUUGCCAUGCUAUAUUAUUGUUACGUCUUGCUUCAGUGGAACAGCACUCCUGGCCGUCUCCCCCUAGGUUACUGGCAGCUGCAGCAAGGUCUCUUUGUCGAGGCAUCGAGCGAUCCAUUUGUUUCAUUUUCUUCUUCCUGCCUUGUGAUUAUCUCGUGUGACUGACAAGUCGUGGCGAUUAGGUAACUUGCUUAGAUGGUAUUUCCCGUGUUUGAGAACCCGAAAAAAAAGUACCUCGUUGUUAUCUCUGUUCCAUAAGUAGACAUGAUGUAAUCGCACUCAGUUUAUUUUUCCCUGUUAUUUCAGUUCAAUGGAAAAUUAUGUUUCCCUUCUUA